AACCCAAACCAAAAAACUUGACUUGCUUCUCAAGCUCACACACCGUAUAUCACCAGCCGAGCGCUCUCUCUCCCUCUCUCCCUCAGUGUCUCAGGCGAAAGAGCAGGAAACCACCGCGUCAGAUCCGGUUCCGAGCAAUCGAGAAGAAGAAAUGGAGUGCGUGUUCGGCUUGGUCGGCAACGGAUUCGCCAUCCUGGCCGCCGAUACGUCGGCGGUUCACAGCAUUUUGGUCCACAAGUCCAACGAGGACAAGAUCAUGGUACUCGAUUCCCACAAGCUCGUCGCCGCUAGUGGCGAGCCUGGGGACAGAGUCCAGUUCACGGAGUAUAUACAGAAGAACGUGUCGUUGUAUCAAUUCAGGAAUGGGAUUCCUUUGACGACUGCUGCUGCUGCCAACUUCACGCGAGGCGAGCUCGCCACUGCUCUGAGGAAGAAUCCAUAUUCUGUGAACAUCCUUCUGGCUGGUUACGACAAGGAGACAGGCCCUGCCCUGUACUUCAUUGACUACAUUGCCACCCUCCACAAGGUAGAUAAGGGUGCGUUUGGUUACGGAUCCUACUUCUCCCUUUCCAUAAUGGACAGACAUUACCACAGCGGCAUGUCGCUUGAAGAAGCCAUAGAACUGGUCGACAAGUGCAUCGUGGAGAUAAGAUCCCGGUUGGUCGUGGCGCCUCCGAACUUUGUGAUCAAGAUUGUCGACAAAGAUGGUGCGCGAGAGUAUGCCUGGCGUGAGUCUGUCAAGGAGGCCCCCGUGGCUUCUGCUUGAGAUCAACUACUGUUUUGAAGUCCUUUUUUUUCUGUUGGUUAGAGAACAGUUCUAUGUGGAACUUUAAAUUGUAAGGAUAUGAAUCUGCUGGAAUCAUGAUGUUUGCAUCCUAAAAGUGGUUUUUCUUUUCUGU